AUGAGCUUUCUGGGACAUGCUGGAUUCUAUAGGCGGUUUAUUAAAGACUUUUCGAAAAUUGCCAAGCCGAUGAGUAAUUUACUCAAUAAGGACGUUGUGUUCUUAUUUGAUGAAGAUUGUUUAAAGGCAUUCAACACUUUAAAGACCAGCCUAGUAUCUGCUCCCGGAUCAGAAAAUCUGGUAGCUGCCCACUUGUCAAGACUAGUAAAUGAAGAAGUUACCUUGAAGGAACUGGAAAUAAGAGAUGACUUUCCAGAUGAAUUGUCGUUAGUGGUGAACGAGAGGCCAUGGUUCGCUGAUUUGGCCAACUUUAAGGCAACAGGAAUCCAUCCAAAGGAUCUGAAUUGGCAGCAGAAGAAGAAAUUCUUGCAUGAUGCUCGCUUUUAUGUCUGGGAUGAUCCACAUUUGUUUAAGAUUGGAGCUGAUAACCUUUUGAGGAGAUGUGUGACGAGAGAGGAAUCUAAAAGCAUAUUGUGGCACUUCCGUAAUUCACCUUGUGGACGUCAUUAUAGUGGGGACGAGACAACAACGAAGGUCUUGCAAUCAGGAUUCUUUUGGUCUUCAGUUUUCAGCGAUGCCCAUGAGCAUGCAACUAAGUGCGAUCAAUGUCAAAGGAUGGGAAACAUAUCAAGGCGAAAUGAUUGCUGGGGUAUCGAAUUUGUAGGUCCACUUCCCCCAUCUUAUGGGAAUGAAUACAUCAUUGUAGCUGUCGAUUAUGUGUCCAAAUGGGUUGAAGCAGUGGCUUCCCUAAAGAAUGAUGCCAAGAUUGUCCCAACUUCAAAAGGUGUUGGGGCAUUACAACGUCACACACAAGGUGGCUUCACCGUACCAUCCAAAACAAAUGGUCAAGCUGAGGUUUCCAACAGGGAACUGAAGAAGAUUCUAGAGUAA